CACGACACACUGAUCCGCACCUCCAGCUCCGGUGGCACGCGGCCCGCGUCACGUGACCUGCAGACAAUAGGCCGCCAUUAGCGCGGGAAACAGAUCAGAGGUUAGAGGUCAUCGGAAGCCGAGGGGCGUGCUCUGUGAGGGCGGGGCGUGGCUAAGGAGCGGGCGGUAUAAGAGCGGCUCCCGGCGCGGGGGAUACGAUCUGCCAUCUUCUCCCCUCACUCUCAGCAGGCGGCCCUCCAGUCAGUGAAUAGCGGCACCAUGACCGACGAAGCAACGGCGCUGCCGGAAGAGAAGAUGGAAGAAGUUCCUGCUCCUUCAACGUCUGCAGAACAAGUUGAUGAUGGGAUUGACGUGGAUGCAGAAGCCAAGAGGCUGAUGGCUGUGGGUAGCCGGGACCUGGUCAUGAAGGAUGUCCGCUCUGCCGUCAACGCCUUCCAGGAAGCCAGCAGUCUUCUGGGGAAGAAAUACGGGGAGACGGCCGACCAGUGUGCAGAUGCCUUCUACUACUAUGGGAUGGCUCUCCUGGAGCUAGCACGAAUGGAGAACAAUGUCCUGGGUAACGCUCUGGAGGGAGUACCAGAAGAGGAAGAUGAAGAGGCUGAUAAGGACCCCAAUAUCCCCAGUGCCUCCAACCUCAAUGAGAAAGAAAGGGAUGAGUUAAGAGAGCAGGUAUAUGACGCCAUGGCCGAAAAGGAUGAGAAGGCUAAUGAGAAUGGGGACUCCAAAGAGGCAAAGGCUGAGGAAGAGAAGGCAGAAGAGAUGGAGUGUGAGAAAUCCUCUGACGCUGCAGAGGUGAAAGAUGAGGCUGAAGGAGAAUCUGCAGAAGUGAAAAAAGCCACUGGAGCAGAAGGCAAACCAGAGUCCUCGUCUGAAGCUGCAGGUGAAAAGGCAAGCAAGACUGAAGCUGCAGGUGAAAAGAGCAAGAUUGACAGUGAGGAGAGCAAGACUGAAGCUGCAGAGAAGGGGACUAAAGCUGCAGGUGAAAAGGAGAGCAAGAUUGACGGUGAGGAGAACAAGACUGAGGCUGCAGGUGAAGAGAAGGGGACUAAAGCCGUGGGUGAAAAGAGCAAGAUUGACGGUGAGGAGAGCAAGACUGAAGCUGCAGAGAAGGGGACUAAAGCUGCGGGUGAAAAGGAGAGCAAGAUUGACGGUGAGGAGAACAAGACUGAGGCUGCAGGUGAAGAGAAGGGGACUAAAGCUGCUGGUGAAAAGGAGAGCAAGAUUGAAGCUGCUGGUGAAAAGGAGAGCAAGAUUGAAGCUGCUGGUGAAAAGGAGAGCAAGAUUGAAGCUGCUGGUGAAAAGGAGAGCAAGAUUGAAGCUGCUGGUGAAAAGGAGAGCAAGAUUGAAGCUGCUGGUGAAAAGAAGAGCAAGACUAAAGCUGCUGGUGAAAAGGAGAGCAAGAUUGAAGCUGCUGGUGAAAAGGAGAGCAAAACUGAAGCUGCGGGUGAGGAGAGCAAGACUGAGGCUGUAAGUGAAAAGGAGAGCAAGACUGAGGCUGUAAGUGAAAAGGAGAGCAAGACUGAGGCUGUAAGUGAAAAGGAGAGCAAGACUGAUGCUGCAGGUGAAAAGGAGGGCAAGUGUGAGGCUGAAGCCGUAGGUAAAAAGGGAAAGACUGAAGCUGCAGAGAAGAACAAAACCAAUGAGGGGGAGGCUGACUCUACACAAGGACCUGAGGAGAAGCCUGCAGGAACAGAGGACUCUGAAGCUACUGCCAAACCUGAGGAAACCCCUGCAGAAAAGGAAGACAAAACUGAAGGUGAUGAGGCAGAGCCAAUGGAAGGGGAAGAAGGAAACGGAGAGGAAGGAUCAGAAUCUGAUGAGAAUGAAGAGGCAGAAGAGAAGGAAAAUGAGGAGGAAGAAGUCGGCAACCUGCAGCUGGCCUGGGAGAUGCUGGACCUGUCAAAGAUCAUAUUUAAGAGGCACCCGGACAAGGCCUCUCAGCUGAAGGCAGCUCAGGCUCAUCUGAAGCUGGGAGAAGUCAGCAUAGAGUCCGAGAACUACACCCAGGCAGUGGAAGACUUCCUGGCAUGUCUGACCAUCCAGAAGGAGCAUCUAGAAGAGCAUGACCGGCUGCUGGCGGAGACACACUACCAGCUGGGCCUGGCCUAUCAGUAUAGCUGCAAACAUGAGGAUGCCAUCUCUCACUUCACACAGUCUAUAGAUACGAUAGAGAAGAGACUAGCUGUCCUCACAGAACAGGAGAAGGCUUCAGAGGAGUCCAAGGAAGAGACCCAGAAGGAAAUGGAUGAACUGAAGGGUCUGCUGCCUGAUAUCAAGGAGAAGAUUGAAGACUCCAAAGAAGCACAGAAAACUGCAGAAGACACAGACAAGGCACUAAAAGAGACCCUGGGUGAAACUUCCUCUGGAUUUCCAAAAGAGAAUGGCGGCACAUCUACAUCAGCUGCUGCAGCAGAGAAGAGCGGGGACUGCACUGUACCAGUAACCAACUGUGUGUCUGACAUCUCUCAUCUAGUACGGAAGAAGGUAAAUAGGAAACCGGAGGAGGAAAGUCCCCUGAAAGACGCCAAGAAGCCCAAGCAAGAGCCUGUUGAGAAUGGGUCUGGGAGCGGUGACGCUGUGGUGCCCACAAAUGAGAAGGCCGAGGCAGAGAACGAGACUCCCAUGGAGACAGCCGCAGUGGAGAGCACUGCAUGAUGACUACCUCACCACAGACUCUGUACAUAUUUUUCCACUUUUGAUUUUGAGCAUCUUUUUGUAAAGCGAAAUAAAGAAUGGAAUAAAAACCA